AUGGAAGCAGAACAGGUUCACAAUGUCAACACUGAGCGCCCAGGGAAAAGAUAUUUUGCCAACCUAUCUAUGUCAGAAACUGGAUUAAAAUUUAAGAAUGUCAAAUUCCAGAUAGACACUGCAGCUACAUGCAAUACAAUUUCUGAGGCUACACUUAAAACAUUCUUACCAGACACUAAGAUUCAGAAAUACUGUCACUUACCAUACCCUUACGGCAACAGUAAGCCACUGCACCCCAUUGGUCAAGUAGAACUCCUUUGUGAAAGAGAAAGAAAAUUUGAAACCUUAACCUUUCAAGUCCUACCACCGUCCGUCAUGCAAAAUAAACCUGGUCUACUCUCAGGAACUGACUCUGAGAGACUAGGGUUGAUAACAAUUAAAGCAGAUGAAAUAUUUACUCUAUCCACAGCAGUAAAGAGUAAGAUGGGGAAUCCAGGUAAUUUACCAAGCUUUAAGCUCUUUCCUGCCCAGGAAAGAUACAGUGAUUUCACGGCCACAGGCCCAAAGCAGCAAGUGGCUGCUGACGAUAGUAACUCACUCACAUGCAAUCAUCAAGAGCAAACUCAUAACAAUUGCCCAAAAUUAUGCACACCACCACCCACACCCUCAAAACCCAUUAAAAUACCUGCUGUUAGGAAAUUACCACCACCAGGUCAACUGAAAGAGGAACACAUAUUACAAGAAUAUGCAGAAACGUUUUCAGGUCUCGGGUGCCUGGGUCCUCCUGUUCAUUUCACGACAAAAGAUAACAUGUCACCCAUCCAAAUGCCAGUCCAUAGAGUUCCCGUAGCGAAAAGAGAGAAAGAGAAGGUAGCACUAGAUCGGUACGAACAGGAAGGGAUUAUUAAGAAAGUGGAAGAGCCUACCCCAUGGUGUUCAAAUGAAUUGAUUAAAGAAACACCUAAGAAGUUCCGGAUCUGCAUCGACCCCAGCCAAACCAUAAAUAAGGCUAUUCUUAGACCAAUUUAUCAGAUGCCAACACUGAAUGAACAGCUUCACAAACUGUGUAACGCAAAAUGCUUCACAAUGCUUGAUGUCCGGGAUGGGUUUUUACAUGUACCACUGGACGAAGAGUCCUCGCACAUGACCACAAUGCAUACCACCUAUGGAAGAUAUAGAUGGUUACGUUUACCAUUUGGCAUAACCAGUGCCCCUGAGGAGUUUCAGAAGAGGCUGAUAAUUGCCCUUGAAGGGUUAGAAGGAGUUAUCUGCAUAGCCGAUGACAUUCUUGUUUUUGGUGAAGGAGAUGACUACAAGCAGGCUGAGAAAGAUCAUGAUCGCCGUUUAAUUGCACUGAUGGAACGAUGCAUCCAGCAAAAUAUCAAGCUCAACGCAGGAAAAUUGCAGUUCAAGUUGAAAGAAGUAAAGUUCAUGGGAAACAUCAUCACAUCUGAAGGCAUGAAAGCUGACCCGGGAAAGGUGUCCGGAAUCAUACAAAUGCCAACACCCCGCAACAAAGCAGCUGUAUUAAGAUUCAUAGGUAUGGUGAAUUACCUCUCUCCCUUUUGUGAGCACCUUUCAGCAACCAUUCAACCAUUACGGAACCUCACUCAAAAUGGUGUUCCAUUCAACUGGUCACAAGCGCAAGAUGAUGCAUUCACCAAAGCAAAAGAGCUGAUUUCAAAAUCCCCGACGCUAGCAUAUUAUAAUUUGAGCAAACCAGUAGUCAUACAAGCAGACGCCAGUGAUGAAGGCCUGGGUGGCGCAUUGCUUCAACCUGAUGAACAGGGAAGACUGAAACCAGUGGCAUUUACAUCAUGUAGUAUGAGCAGCACCGAGCAACGAUAUUCUCAAAUUGAGAAAGAGUGUUUAGCCAUUUGUCAUUCAUUCAAUAAAUUUGAUCAAUGGUUAUAUGGGAAGAAAGACAUAGAGGUGCAUACAGAUCACCAGCCAUUAGAGACAAUACUUAGAAAACCGUUAAAUAAAGCGCCUGCGAGGUUACAGAAGAUGAUGAUGAAACUUCAACGAUACAGUUUCAAAGUAACAUACAAGAAAGGAAAGUCUAUGUAUCUUGCUGACACCCUUUCGCGUGCUGCACUUCCAGAUCCAGUUUGA